AUGGUUCGCGGCUACCGCACGAUCUCCCGCGAGGCGGCGAGCCUCCUUGCCGGAUUGCCGCCAUGGGAUCUGGAGGCGGUAGUCCUCGCACGCCUGCACGAAUGGCGCGCGGAGGCACUAUGCCGGGGGGAAACCCCGCUGCCGCGGCAAGUUGUCGCGCAGCGGACAGUCUUCCGGCACGAUCUCAUGGCGACAUGGAGAGAGCGACUGUCGCAACCCCGUGCUGGGCACGCCACUAUAGCGGCGAUAAGACCCCUCUUUGAGGAGUGGCUUGAGAGACGCCACGGCAUCCUCACCUUCCGCCUGACUCAGGUCCUCACCGGACACGGUGUGUUCGGGAGGUUCCUGCACCGAAUCGGGCGGGAGGAAACGCCCGGGUGCUCCCACUGCGAGGAUGGACCGGAGGACACGGUGGAACACACCGUGGAGGUGUGCCCUGCUUGGGCGGAGCACCGCCGUGUCCUCGUAGCGGCGAUAGGCGGCGGCGACCUCUCGCGUCCGGCCCUGGUCGAAGCCAUGGUCCGGAGCGAGACGGAAUGGGAUGCCGUCACCACCUUCUGCGAAGCAGUGAUGCUAGCGAAGGAGGUGGCGGAGCGGGAGAAGGAAAGAGCAGCAGCUUUCCUCCCAGGCCGCCGCGGGAGACGCCCCGGGCGUCGGGGGCUACGUCGUGGCCCCCGGCCACCGUAG